ACUUAUAAUUUGCAUUAAAACAGAUAUUAUUUUAAUCAUGUAACAGAUUUACAGUAAUCCAAUACUGAUUUUAUGUUGCGCCCCUUUGAGCAUCUGGACAAAUCUCGACGUUCCCAUAGCGACGCUGCCUUAUUAAGUAUCCCAUCAUGCACCACGUCGCUGUCAUGGCUGCUCACUGAUGACACUUUCAGCACAUGGGCAGAAAUCAAACACAUCACAGUGAGCACACGAACCCAUCACGUCUCGCAUUCACAGCCAGAGCAGGUCUUGAGGGACGUGACGCGAGUUUCAUUUCUCUGGAGAGGGUCGACGAGGAUGAAGAUGCUGCAGCUCGAGACGGCGGUUCUGUGCGGACGUACUGAUCCCGGACUGGAAACAGAGCGGCUUCAGCACCGCGGGUAAGAGACAGCGGCAAGUCUGAGCCGAGGUGGUUUUGAAACAACGAUGAUGAUGAUGAUGAUGAUGAUGGCUGAUGUUGAUAAUUUCGUCCAGCUGUGGAUAAUUAAACUGGUUUGGAUCUGCUCGGAUGUGUUGCGUGCUGGUUGGUUUGCUGGACGCAGCAGUUACACACUCUCACGUGGUUUAAAUGUGCCGCAUGUGUGUUGAAAUCACCGCGCCGACGCACGGGACAGUGUCCGGACAGGCGUGAGUUUCCGCUGACUGUGAACCGAGCGAUAUUUGACCGCGUUCUAACAGCGUGACUUCUGUACUUGUGUAUUGACUGCACGGAGGGACAGUGUGAGCAGCUUUAGGACAGACGCGUGUGUGUCCUGUUGAUGUUGAGAGGCAGUUGGCGAGUCUGUUGACUGAUUUGGGCCUGACGUGUUCUGCGUUGCUGAUCUACGAACGACUGGAACUCUGGGAGGAUGCGGUCGUCUGCCUGGAGAGGAUGGGACAGCACGGCAAGGCGGAGGAGAUUUUGAGACGCCAUCGCUUUACUGUCUGUUAGGUGAUGUGCUGAAGGAUCCAAAGUAUUAUGACCGAGCAUGGGAGCUUUCCAAACACCGCAGUGCACGCUCCCAAAGGUCCAAAGCUCCAUCAUCUGCGCCACAAAGAAUUCCAGCAGUGCGUGGAAUGUUUCGAACGCUCGCUGCGAAUCAAUUCCAUGCAGUUGGGUGUGUGGUUCUCUCUGGGCUGUGCGUAUUUUGCACUGGAAGGCUACGAAGGGGCUGCCAAAGCUCUUCAGAGAUGCUUUGGACUGGAACCAGAUAAUUCAGAAGCAUGGAACAACCUCUCCACGGCCUACAUCAAACUGAGAAUGAAGGGACGCUCAGAGGCCUCCUUGCUUUUCAAUUACUGUAGGAAUGACUUUGGCAGCUGCAAUUGCAAAGAUAAAUCUCCUCGGGGUUCUUGCAGUGUCUACCCCAGGAACCAGCACUUCACCACCACCACCAACCGGCCAAUAUUAACCAGAUUUGGAAGCUAAAUGCCAGUUAGGACACUUGUUGCUUGACAUGAUUGGAGGUUUUUGCUGAUUUCCUGCGAGGAACGGAGAUGUUUUGUGGAACACCACUGUAACGGCAUGUACCUGAGGAUUCUGGGAAUUAUUUCUCUCCUCUCCUCUCCUUUGCCCCUCGUCCAAUUAGCCCUGUGCACUCAUCCCUGAGAUGAGUCUUUGCAAUCUUCUAUUAAAACCUGAUUAACGCUCCCAGGGACCAUCCAGAACAGAGGAAGUGUGUGUGUGUGUGUGUGUGUGUGUGAGAGAGAUUGUGCACACACCUGCAUGUGUUCAAAGGAAACUAGGCUUUAGAUGUUACAAUGAAACCCAUGUUGAGCCCUGUGGCAUAGGCUUUUGUUGAUGGCGCUUACAGAAAUAUCAGCUCUGUUCCAUAACCUUGUGAUCUGUGUGCUAACUGAAGGCUCCUACUGUAAGUGAUUGAUUUGGAAUGCUCUUAGCGAUCUGUGUGCCACACACAGCGUUUCUCACGAGGUGCACUGGAGACUCAACUCGGAGCAUCUUACUAAGCUAAUGAUCCAGUACUCUUAAAAACUAUUUGCUGUAGAAACAAUUUUCUUUGAGAAGUUGCAUGUAAAUUUCAUAAUUACAAUGAAGUAACAUCAAAUUAAACAUGAA